CGGAAACGGAAUGCUUGGGACGAAGGUCAGUCUGCAGAGCGAGUUGACUGUUCUGAGUCCUUCCUGAGACAGUGUGCAGCAGAGGACUGUCUGUUCCACAUGAUUGACUUCUAAAGACUCAGUUAGACUGAGGAAGAAGCCUGGAAGAGCAAAGAAAAGGAGUCAGGAAUGGCUAUUUCUCAGGAACAGUUGACCUUCAAGGAUGUUGCUGUAGAAUUCUCUCAGGAGGAGUGGGAAUGCCUGGACCCUGCUCAGAGGGCCUUUUACAUGGACGUGAUGGUGGAGACCCUCAGGAACCUAAUCUCUGUGGAUAUCUCUCAUAUACAUGUGGUCAAGAAAUUACAACCAACAGCAAGCAGUGAUACAGGAGAUGCAUUCCAAACAGUGACAUUGGAAAGACAAAAAAGCCCUGAAAUGAAAUAUUUUUGCUUCACGGAAAUCCAGGAAGAUGACUCUGGGUGUCAGUGGAAGAAAAAUGAAAGAAAUUACAGAGGAAUGCCUGUAAUGUAUAAGGAAAAUGUAACUCACAGAAGAGAUCGACAAGGUAGGUGGGAUGCAGGAAAGAAGCCUAUUAAAAAUAGACUUGUGUUAAACUUUCAGGAUGAACUGCAUAUAUUUAAGAAAAAUAUUUACAAAUGUCAUGAAUGUGGCAAAUCCUUCAAUUAUGGCUCCUCCCUCAGUAGACACCUUCUAAUCCAUACAGGAGAGAAGUUAUAUAAAUGUGGUAUAUGUGGCAAUGUUUUUCGUCUAAAGUCACACCUUGUAAGUCAUUGGACAACUCACACUCGUGCGAAAAUUUACAAAUGUGAUGAGUGUGGUAAAACCUUUAAUCAUAGCUCCUCCCUCCGUAGACAUCAGAUAAGGCAUACAGGAGAGAAAGUGUAUAAAUGUGAUGUAUGUAGCAAAGUCUGUAGUCAGAAUUCCUCUCUUAAACGUCAUCAAAGAAUUCAUACUGGAGAGAGACCUUACCGAUGCAAUGAGUGUGGCAAAACCUUUAAUCGUGGCUCUCACCUCUCCACACAUGAGGUAAUCCAUACAGGCAUGAAAUUAUGUAAGUGUGAUGUAUGUGGCAAAGUCUUCAGUCAGAAUUCAUGCCUUAGAAUUCAUCGGAGAAUUCACAAUGGAGAGAAACCUUACAAAUGUAAUGAGUGUGGUAAGGUCUUCCGUCAAAAUUCACAUCUUGGAAGACAUCAGAGAAUUCAUACUGGGGAGAAACCUUACAAAUGUGAUGAGUGUGGCAAGGUCUUUAAUCAGUAUUCAAAUCUUGCAAGUCAUCAAAGAAUUCAUACUGGAGAGAAACCUUAUAACUGUAAUGUGUGUGGCAAGGUCUUCAGUCAAAAUUCAAAUCUUGUAAGUCAUCAGAGAAUUCAUACUGGUGAAAAACCCUACAAAUGUAAUGAGUGUGGCAAAUUUUUUAAUCAAAGAGCAUACCUUACAAAGCAUCAGAGAGUUCAUAUUGAAGAAAAGUCUUACAAAUGUAAUGAGUGUGGGAAGGUCUUCAGUCGAAAUUCAAAUCUUGAAAGUCAUCAGAGAAUUCAUACUGGAGAGAAACCUUUCAAAUGUAAUGAGUGUGGCAGGUUGUUUUCUCAAAAGCCAAACCUUGGAAAGCAUCAGAGAAUUCACAUGGGAGAGAAACCUUACAAAUGUCAUGAGUGUGGGGAGGUCUUUAUUUGGGGUUCAUACCUUACAGUUCAUCAGAGAGUACAUACUGGAGAGAAACCAUACAAGUGUAAUGAAUGUGGCAAGGUGUUUAGUCAGAAUUCAUACCUUGCAAAACAUCGCAGAAUUCAUACUGGAGAGAAGCCUUACAAAUGUAGUGAAUGUGACAAAGCUUUCAGUCAAAAAGGAAACCUUGCAAGUCACCAGAGAAUUCAUACUGGAGAGAAACCUUAUAAAUGUAACGAAUGUGGUAAGAUGUUCAGUAUUAGAUCAACCCUUGUCAGUCACCAGAUCAUUCAUACUGGAGAGAAACAUUACAAAUGUAAUGAGUGUGGCAAAACUUUUUAUUUUGGCUCACACCUCAUACAACAUCAAAUCAUCCAUUCAGGAGAUAAACCAUAUAAAUGUGACAUCUGUGGGAAAGUCUUUGGUCAAAAUUCAUACCUUGCAGUUCAUCGGAGAAUUCAUACUGGGGAAAAACCUUACGAAUGUAAAGACUGUGGCAAAAUCUUUAAUCACAGCUCAAACCUCAAGAGACAUCAGAUAAUCCAUACAGGACAGAAAUUAUGUAAAUGUGAUAUAUGUGGCAGAGUCUUCAGUUAUAAUUCAUACCUUGCAAUUCACCGGAGAACUCAUACUGGAGAGAAACCUUACAAAUGUAAUGAGUGUGGCAAGGUCUUCAAUCGGAAUUCAAAUCUUGCAAUUCAUCAGAGAAUUCAUACUGGAGAGAAACCUUACAAAUGUAAUGAGUGUGGCAAGGUCUUCAAUCGGAAUUCAAAUCUUGCAAUUCAUCAGAGAAUUCAUACUGGAGUUAAACCUUACAAAUGUAAUGAGUGUGGCAGCUGCUUUAGUCGAAAGGCGUACCUGGCAAAGCAUCAAAGUGUUCAUACGAAAGGAAAACCUUACAAAAGUAAAGACUGUUGAAAAGCCUUUACUUAAAUCUCAGCCGGCUUGAACCUUACCCAACAUCAGUUUAUCCAUACAGAAGAGAACAUGUUUAAUUGUGAUGUGUGUCGAAAAGUCUUUAGUCGACAUUCAGACCUUGCUAUUCAUCAAACAAUUCAUACUGCAGAGAAAUCUUACAAGUAUGACAAGUGUGGCAAAACCCUUUACCAUGGUUCAUAUCUUACAGUUCAUCAGAGAAUACAUACUGGAGAGAAACCAUACAAGUGUAAUGAAUGUGGCAAGGUGUUUAGUCAGAAUUCAUACCUUGCAAAACAUCGCAGAAUUCAUACUGGAGAGAAACCUUAUAAAUGUAAUGAGUGUGGCAAGGUCUUUCAUCACAAGGCCAACCUUGCAAGUCAUCAGAGACUUCAUACUGGAGAGAAACCUUACAAGUGUAAUGAAUGUGGCAGAGCUUUUAGUCAGAAAGGAAAUCUUGCAAGUCAUCAGAGAAUUCAUACUGGAGAGAAACCUUACCAAUGUAAUGAGUGUGGUAAGAUGUUCAGUAGUAGAUCAACCCUUGUCAGUCAUCAAGUGAUUCAUACUGGAGAGAAACAUUACAAAUGUAAUGAGUGCGGCAAAACCUUUUAUUUUGGCUCACACCUCAAACAACAUAAAAUCAUCCAUUCAGGAGAUAAACCAUAUAAAUGUGAUGUCUGUGGGAAAGUUUUUGGUCAAAAUUCAUACCUUGCAGUUCAUCGGAGAAUUCAUACUGGGGAAAAACCUUAUGAAUGUAAAGACUGUGGCAAAAUCUUUAAUCACAGCUCAAACUUCAAGAGACAUCAGAUAAUCCAUACAGGACAGAAAUUAUGUAAAUGUGAUAUAUGUGGCAGAGUCUUCAGUUUUAAUUCAUACCUUGCAAGGCACCGAAGGACUCAUACUGGAGAGAAGCCUUACAAAUGUAACGAGUGUGGCAAGGUCUUCAAUCGGAAUUCAAGUCUUGCAAUUCAUCAGAGAAUUCAUACUGGAGUUAAACCUUACAAAUGUAAUGAGUGUGGCAAGGUCUUCAAUCGGAAUUCAAGUCUUGCAAUUCAUCAGAGAAUUCAUACUGGAGUUAAACCUUACAAAUGUAAUGAGUGUGGCAGCUGCUUUAGUCGAAAGGCAUACCUGGCAAAGCAUCAGAGUGUUCAUACAAAAGGGAAACCUUUCAAAAACAAAGACUGAUGAAAACCUUUCAUUAGAUCUCAACUAUUACUCCACACCAGGUAAUAAAUACAAAGGGGAAAUCAUUUAACAUGAUAUAUGUGGGACUGUCUUCAUUCAUUCAAAAUCGACACUGUAUAUUCUUGGGAAAUUCAUAGUGGAGAGAAAUUUGCACAUGUCAUGAGAGUGGCAAAGCCUUGCCAUUAGAUAAUCUGUACUAGGCAGAAACUCUAGAAAUACGCUGAAUGUCUCAAAGUCUCCAGUCCACAUUGAUAACCUUAACAGGAACUGAAGUUUCAUUUUGGAGAGAAACCUGACAAGUAUUAUGAUGAGUUUCAGAAAUCAUCAGUGUAUUUUGAAACCUACCUUUCCAUCAGGUAAUCCACAUUGAUGAACAUUAAGGUUGUGUUUUAAAUUAUCAGGUGUUGCCAUCUUAGACUUCAUUGAAAAUAUCAUCCUGGAGAGAGAAAUCAGAUAAGUAUGUUUAGUUGACCAGCUCUUAGACAAGGAAUUCAUUCACCAAAGAUUUCUUUCUGGAGAUUAUUACCUCACAAAUGCCAGGAAUGGGCAAAACCUUUACUUGGGGCUCACAUUCUACCCAUCAUCAAAUAAUCUGUGCUGGAUAGAACAUUACAGAUGUAAUAAAUGGGGCAAGGUUCCAAAUUAGUGCUCACUCAUGACUUAAUGUUGGAAUAUUUAUCCUAGAGAGAAACCAUACAAAUAUAAUACGUGUGGCAAGGAUUUUAUCCAAAGAUAAGAUGGGAGAGUUACUGGAGUCCCUUAAAUGCAACAAGUGUGGCAAAAUCUUUACCUUGAGUUCAAGUAUGAGGCACCAGUGGAGAGUCCAUUGAAAAGAAACCUUACAGACAUAUGGGCAAAAGCUUUAUCCUAACUGCACAAUUCACCAGACUUCUCAUAUGUGUCUUUUGAGGGAAACCACACUAAUAUGUGCUAAGGCUUGUACCUGAAGAUGAAACCUCUGAAACAUAGAGGAUUUAGUUUGGAAAGCAGCGUUUCACAUGUAAUAAAUGUUGUGAAAAGUUUUUGUCAAGUAGCUCCACUUUUGAUGUAAUGAUAGAAUUCAUACAGGUUAGAAAUGAUAGCAAUUUACUGAAUGUGGAAAUAAUUUGAUGAAAUGAUGCAUCCUGAGAUUUCAUCACAAAGCUCAUGCUAUUGGGGAUAAUCCUUAACAAAUAUAAUGAAUUUGGUGAAUUUUUUGCAUAAUUCUUAAAUUAGCCUACGUAUCAGAGAAUCCAUAAUAGGAAUAAGUUAAGGCUUUAGUUCUCCCAAGAGUAAUGUGAGAUUGUUACGCACUUCAGAGUCAUUAGAAGUCACAGAAUGUUAAAACUUAGGAAAUGAUGUGUAUAUGACAUACAGAAGAACAUAUGUGUAAAUGGCCAAGUAUCUAACUGUGUAAAUGUUCUAUUGAGCUUUCUUGAACUCCACAUUACUAUUUAUGCCUUUCAACCUUAAUUUUGAAGUCUGUUGAUCUUACACUUUCAUUACAGGCCUUUGAUGAUGGUCCCUGGGAAGGAGUCAGUAAGGUGAAGGAGCCGGCUUCAUUAGGUGUGGUUCAUUCACAUCCAUGUUCCCUGGAAAAACAAGGACCCUGAAUUAUCAAAUUCAGUACUGUGUCAGCAUCAGGAAGGGCUCUAGAGAAUAGUGUAAAAUUGCUGUUGCUCAUCAUGCUUGUUAUAUUCAUGAUCCAUGGAUUGAUCACAGUGGACAGAAUCCUCUACUAGGUAACUGUGAGCAAAGCAGUAAGGACAUUAAGGGGCUUGACUAUUCAUGAGAGGAGAGGGACAUUUACUAGGGAUGGAUUAUGUCAUAGGAACAGUGCCCGAAAAAAGUUGGUGUUCUCCAUCGUAGGGGAAUAAGUGUUAUUUACAUCUGUGUGUUUUGUUUUGGCCACAUCAUGUGGCAUGCAUGAUCUCAGUUCCCUGGCCAGGAAUCAAGCCAGUGCUGCCUAGAGUGGGCGCAUACAAUCCUAGCUACUGGACUGGCAAGGAAGUCCCUGCAUCUGUGUUUAAUGAGAAAUUAGUCUUAUUCUUAGUAAUUGAAGGGAGAGCAGUUUAUGUGAGAGGAAAAUUUAAUUACUGGGUGAGGCUUGUUGGAGGUGAAGCUUAGAGUUUGAACUUCCAGUUUGUCUCAAAGGAAGGCAUCCUCUGGCUUUUAAAAAAAAAGUUUGUCCAGAUAGGCUGAAAAAGAAGAGGUUUUUCCUGAGCAUUAAAAGGUUUCAAUAAUCAAAUAGCAAAAAAAGGAGUUGGGAAUUCCAUGGCGGUUCAGUUGUUAGGACUCAGUACUUUCACUGCCAAGCUCACAGGUUCAGUUCAUGGUCAGGAAACUAAGAUCCCGUAAUCCCAGAAAAAAAAAAUUUUAAUGGAGUCAGACUUCAUAAAACACUGAGGCAGAGCCCUCUUGCCUACCAACUUAUGUCCCUCACAAGCAUCUACUUCUUGCCUGUCACUUUGCUUCUUGCUGUAUUCCUUCUGUGCUGAGACGCAAAGAACCUGAGCCUCAGUUAAGUCCAGGCCCCAGAUACUGAAACCCCCAUCAGGUGGGAGACACUAAGCCUGCUGCCCACCAGCAUGGAGAACCCAGAGCAGUUGGAGCCAGAAGGUUUCUGAUGCUGUCUGCCACUUACCUCACCACCAGCCAAUCAAAGAAGAGUUCAUGACCUGACCACACCCACUUUGAGCCAUUACUAUAAAACGCCUCACUAACCCCUAUUGUUUGAGACACACAGUUUUGAGGGCAUUAGCCCACUGUGGCCCGUUUGCUUGGCAAAGCAAUAAAGCCAUUCUUUUCUACUUAAUUGAAAAAGAAGGGGAAAAGGAAAGAAAAAAAAAAAAACCGAAUGCUUAUUCCUGAAAUUCUUGGCUUUCUGACUUGGAAAAGCACACUUGUGUUCAUGCUAAUUAUUUAUUAACAUUUCUUUUCCACAGUACACAUAUACUCUGUUGUUUAAUAUGGUUCUUGAAGAUGCUUGUAAAAUUAACCUGUUGGAGAUAUUUUUACCCUAGUUUAGUAAAAUCUUUGGAAAUGUUUAUUUAGAUAAUAUAAUGAAACAGUUUACUCCAGCAAUUUUCCAAGUGUUUUUAAAAUUUCAGUUUCAAAUUAGGCUAGUAUGUAAUGUGUUACAUUGUUUACUUUUCUAGUGUAAUAAAAAGUGUUUUCAGUUUUCCUUAGCAA